UGUUUGCAAAUUAGCAAAAGUUACCUCAACAUCAAAUUACUUUUUCAAAUUAGGCAUCUUUUACACAAUUCAUUAUAGUUUUUUCUACAUUGAUGAACUUGAUUGGAUGCUAAACUGAUGACUGGAUGCUAAACUGAGCUCAUUCUACUGAUGUAUAGCAUAAGGUCAUUGGCUGGAUGAGAUAAGACGAGACCUUUGAGGUUUGUAAUGAAUACUUUGAAGGCCUGAAAUGUAUCAAUGUAAUGUAAAUAUAAAAUAUAAAGUUUUUUUCAUUGUUUAUUUAAUCAAGUAAGAAUGCAAGUAUUCAAUUUCAAUAAUACUCAAGUAAAGUUUAAAUACACCAAAACAAUGCUUAAGUACAACAACAAGUACAAUACUAUAAUAUAACCCUCUACUCAUUGAUACCUUUUGACAAUGAGAUAUUGUACAUGCUUUUUGUGGACCUUGUCUUCAGCAGGAUGAAACCAAGAGGAUGUCAAGAAAAUUGUACGGAAACAGUGUUGGAAAUUAUGUAGAAAUUUAGAGUAAUAAAAAGAAUAUAAAGAAUUAAAACCUCAUCUGACAUGUGAAAGCUGUGGAAAUUCAGUGUUAAUGUGAACAGGUUUGUGCAGUCUAUGUGUGUGUGUAGGUCAAAAGAGCAGUGGGGCCCCAGGCACAGGUAGAAUACAGUAUGUAUACACGGGCAAUCAAAAGUACACACACACAGAAAUGGGUUUGAAACAGGAUUUGUGUAUUAGUAAUAGAAUACUUGAAAGUAUUACUUUUGACAUUAAAAAAUGCAAGCCCCAAAACACAUAGAGCAGAAAAGGCACUCACCCAUAACUCAGCUGAAAAGGCACUCACCCAUGACUCUCAGAAAAGAGAGAUAUGAGAGGCCAUAAGUACAUUGUACAGGAACAGAUAAGGAAGGAACUAACUUACCCAUGACUCAGAAAAAGGAAGGUGUAGUGGUGAUGCCUUUGCUUGUCCUUGGUAAGAGAGGGCCUCAAGAGUAAAUAAAGACUAAGCAAAAUGGUAGAAAACAUAUAGGUCCUUUAGUGCAAUGACGGAAACAGUGACAUUUGCGGGAGCGAAAAAUAAACCAAGAAAAAGAUAAUGGGAAAUCCACAGCUGCAUUAACUGGAAAAACUUGGGGACUGUUAGAAAUAAUGUGAAAUUAUGUAACUGGGAUACAUGUUUAAGAUUGUGAUAAGGACGCACCCAAAAGGGAACUGUGUAUGAUUGGCUAAAACUAGAUAUGGUGCCAUGCAUGAAAUAUAUAUAAAUAUAUAUAAAGAGCAAUGGUACUUUGGUGCAAGCUACAUCUUCAUGUGGCGUGUAUCCCUAGGACCAGUUCGGGUUGCUUGCUGUCUUUCUGAUUGCUAAAUAAACCUGCUUCUUCUGAAUCCAGUCUUCGUGAGUUCUGCUGUGUUAUUUCUCCAAACAACCAGUCAGAUAGUCUAAUUAAGUUUAUAGUUUGAAUUUGUGAGCUAGCAGGACCAGUGUAGGUUGAAGAGGCAAAAAUAUCCUGCAACAGUACAUCUUUAUUUGAGGUUAAUCCGAGUCACUUCAUAGGUGACAGGUUUUCAUUUUCAUUUGAAUUUUAGGCAGGGCUUAUUUGGUGUUUUAAGUGUAUGUGUGUGUUCCCCAUUCUUCCUCCUCUAGACCCAAAUACCACCCCUCCAGUAUGACUAUAAAGCUGCCCACAGUGGGAUGACUCUGUAGUACUUUCUAGAUCUUCAGCGACUCACUGAUUUAAUGCUUAAACAUCGUUCCUGUUCCUGGACUUAAAGAGUCAACAUGAUUCCAGCUCUACGUGUUACUUUGACUGUUCUCCUGCAUCUGAUCUUCUGUUACACAGCAGAUUCCUCUCACAAAGUGAAGCUCAGUCCAGCGACGCCACAGUUUCGAGUGGGAGACAGACAGCAGCUCACAUGUCGAAUGAGUAAGUGCUCUGAGAAAAUGACUUUCUCCUGAAGAAGAAUGGAGGACAAGCCCCUGUAUGCUGAAACCCAGACGUCCUCGAAUGAAUCGACUCUGGUCUUCAAGAGUGUUAAUAAAAAUCAUGAAAAUAGAAUCCAGUGCAUGGCAACUUGCCAGGAAGUGCCCAAGGAGGCUGCAGUGACAGUCCAAGUAUACUCUUUUCCAAAAGAUCCAGUCAUCUCUGGACAUGACAGCUUGGUGUUAGGGAAGACGAACACCCUGACCUGUGAGGUUUCAGAUGUUUAUCCAGCAGAACACAUGACAGUGAAAUGGCUGAAGGGAGGUGAAGUGGUCCACACACAGGAUGGAGUAUAUGGCAUUGAAUCCAUUCAGUCCAAAUACACUUUUACACCACAAAUCAACAACAAGGGAGAGACAAUAAGAUGUCAAGCCACACUCAAUCUUGAUGGCUUGCCACUGGAGGAGAGAACCAGAGAGACCACCGUGUCCAUGACUGUCCUUUGUCCUCCUGUGAGCACUGUGGUCUCUGUGUCCCCUAAUAAUCCAAAAGAAAAUGAGUUUAUGAACAUCUCCUGUGUGAGUGACAGCAAUCUCACAAACAGUCUGGUGCUGAGCAAAGUGCUGGAUGGAAAGGAGACAGAGCUGGAGUCUGGUGAUGGGCUUCGAGUCUCUGUUACUUACCACAAAGCCAACUUCAGUCACUCAGGUGUCUACGUGUGCAAAACAACAAACGCCUGUGGGACACAGACAGACAAUGUCACCGUUACUGUUGGAAAUUCCUCUGCCAAAGUGGAGCUCAGUCCAGCGAUGCCAUUGUUUCGAGUGGGAGACAGACAGCAGCUCACAUGUCGAAUGAUAUUGGAUUUAAAGAGUUUCAACAUGGUUCCAGAUCCAGUUACUCUGACUGUUCUCCUGCAUCUCAUCCUUUGCUGCACAGCAGAUUCCUCUGUCAAAGUGGAGCUCAGUCCAGCGAAGCCACUGUUUCGAGUGGGAGACAGACAGCAGCUCACAUGUCGAAUGAGUAAGUGCUCUGAGAAAAUGACUUUCUCCUGGAGUAGUCUGGAGGACAAACCCCUGUAUGCUGAAACCCAGACGUCCUCAAAGGAAUCAACUCUGGUCUUCAAGAGUGUUAAUAAAAAUCAUGAAAAUAGAAUCCAGUGCAAGACAACUUGCCAGGGCAUGCCCAAGCAAGCUGCAGUGACAGUCCAAGUAUACUCUUUUCCAAAAGAUCCAGUCAUCUCUGGACAUGACAGCUUGGUGUUAGGGAAGACGAACACCCUGACCUGUGAGGUUUCAGAUGUUUAUCCAGCAGAACACAUGACAGUGAAAUGGCUGAAGGGAGGUGAAGUGGUCCACACACAGGAUGGAGUAUAUGGCAUUGAAUCCAUUCAGUCCAAAUACACUUUUACACCACAAAUCAACAACAAGGGAGAGACAAUAAGAUGUCAAGCCACACUCAAUCUUGAUGGCUUGCCACUGGAGGAGAGAACCAGAGAGACCACCGUGUCCAUGACUGUCCUUUGUCCUCCUGUGAGCACUGUGGUCUCUGUGUCCCCUAAUAAUCCAAAAGAAAAUGAGUUUAUGAACAUCUCCUGUGUGAGUGACAGCAAUCUCACAAACAGUCUGGUGCUGAGCAAAGUGCUGGAUGGAAAGGAGACAGAGCUGGAGUCUGGUGAUGGGCUUCGAGUCUCUGUUACUUACCACAAAGCCAACUUCAGUCACUCAGGUGUCUACGUGUGCAAAACAACAAACGCCUGUGGGACACAGACAGACAAUGUCACCGUUACUGUUGGAAUUCAUCCCCUGGAAGUAUCCCUGCAGCCAGAUAUGAGCUUCAUCCCAGUAGAGCGAGGUUCCUCUAUGAUGCUGUCCUGCAAUAGUUCAGGCUGUCCUCAUGCUCACAUAACAUGGCAAAAUGUGACACAUCAACCACUUCUCAACUGGACUGAGACUCAGGCAUUCAUAUCCCAGCUAGGCCCAUGGACCGUAGGUCUGGAGGAUAACCGAGCGUUCAUUUGUGAAGUUGAAUGUGGCUCUGUCGUGAAGACCAAACACACAGAGCUGAAGGUUUUUUCCUUUCCCUCAGAACCGAUCAUUGAAAGUUCUGGACCUUUUCUGGAAGGUAAAGUGACCAACCUGACCUGUACAGUUCGUGGAGUCUUCCCAGUUGACUGUUUUCAUAUGCAGUGGCUGGAUGGAGAGCUUGAGCUGCACUCAGUGCGUGGGAAUUUCUCAAACAAGCUGCAGAACCUUAGCUUGACUAUCCCCUUCAAACCUAAGGACAGUGACCAAAAUAAGACAUUUACCUGCAAGGUAUCACUGAAGAUGGGGGUUCUAUCAACACAGAAGACAGCAUCUACCACACUGGCAGUGCAUUAUCCACCCAAGCAUACCACCAUUAACGUGAGACCCCAGACGAAACUGAAUGAAGGGGAGACUGUGACCAUCUCCUGUCAGACCAAGAGUUCUCCAGAGGGAUAUGUGACUUUAAAAAGGGUGCAGAAUGGAGAAGAGACUAAAUUGGUUUCCAGUAAUGGGACCCAAACCUCUUUUACAAUCUCCUUUACUAAUAUAUCACACUCUGGUAUCUAUGUGUGUGAGGCCACUAACAAAUAUGGCCAUCAGAGGGAGAACGUCCAGAUUACUGUGCAAGCACCUCCAAGGAAUAUCACUGUGACGGUAUACCCAUCAAAGGAGGUGCAAGAGGGUGGAACUGUCACAAUCUGCUGCCAGUCAGUCAGCUUCCCACCAUCUGACAUCACCUUAAGGAAACUGGACAAUGGAAAUGACAUCUACUCUUCUAAUGGUACCUUCCUGCUGGUCAACCUCACUUCCAACGACUCAGGUCUGUACCAGGUCAAUGCCACCAAUGCCCUGGGUUCUGAGACUGAGAUUUUCACAAUUAAUGUAAUGAGUAAGAAGAAUGAUGAUGGGAAUAUUUACUCAGUCCUGUUACGAAAACUUAAUUCCAUUGACUUUAUAAUUCCAGUCAUUGGCCUGGGAGUUCUGGCUACAGUAGCCAGCUCCCUGAACUGUAUAAGGAGAGCAAAAAAGAAGGGUUUCUAUGAGCUGACUGAUGGCAUACAAGAAACUGUGUAGACUGCAUGGACAAAAACUUAAAGUGAGUCUCCUGUACUGAACUGAAGCUGAGUCUGCUGAACCUUCUGCUGAACUGAAUCAGACACUGUUGAACUGAAUCACACUUAAACCCUGUUCAACUGAAACAGGCUCUGCUCAACUGAAUUACUGAUUGGUGAACUGAUUCACAUUCUGAAUAAAUGAAUCAGACUGUAAAUGAAUCACACUCUGCUAUACUGAACUGCACUCCACUCAAUGGAAUCACGCUGUACUGAGCUGAAUCACACUCCACUAAACAAACUCUGGUAAACUGAGUUGCACUCUGCUGAACGGAAUCACAUUCAGCUGAACUGAUUCACACUUUGCUGAACAGAAACACGCCUCACUAAGUAGACUCUGUUAAAAUGAAACAGAGUCUGAUGAACUGAAUUGUACUCUGGUGAACUGAAUUACACUCUGUUAAACUGAAUCUCAAACUGUUGAACUGAAUCACACUUCACUAAACAGAUUCUGUACUAACUAAACUGUACUUGAGUGAACCGAAUAACAUGCUGCUGAACUGAAUCACACUUCACUAAAAUGAAUCACAAUGCUGUAAAGACAAUACAGAACUAAAUACUGUUGUAUUGUACUGUAGCAGUUCUCUGUGUGUGUGUGUGUGUGUGUGUGUGUGUGUGUGUGUGUGUGUGGGUGUGUGUGUGUGUGUGUGUGCGUGUGUGUGUGUGUGUGUGUGUACACAUGGCCAGAGAACAUGAUGUAUAUAUUAUUAAGCAAAAAAUGUGUUCUUGUUUUAAGCAGCGUUCUCAUGUAUAACACAGUCCUUCCAGCAAGUGAAUGUAUCAUUUGGUAAAAUAGUUGCCCAAGCUGAGCUGAGAGUGAUAUGCAUGAGUACAGUGUGCAUGUGGCAUACUGUCCCUUAAUGUUACUUUUAAACACUUUCUGUUCUGUUGCAUUUGGCUCGGGUAUAGAGAGGACUUCUUAUCCCUCUGAUGAUAUUUCACUGAUAUCAGAAUUGUUGUAUACUAUUUAAAGGAGAAAUGUAUGUCUGUUUUGUGAUUGUUUCCACUCUUUGUGAAAAUUCAUGAUUAAUUUUGAAAAUGCCUUUAAUAAAUGUUUAUUAUUUAAGAA